CCCACAUGAAGUUUUUACUUUCUUUUCGUAUAAACUAUGCUUCGAUUGUCCGCAAGGGUCUGUAAUUCGAGUUCAAACGUAUUCAAGACGUCUAGUCGCGUUUCUCGGCCUAUUUAUCGUGCCCAGGCUAUUAGACAAUACACAACUCCAAAGCAGGCUGUUUUCAAUAAAACUCUUAGUACACCUGCUGCCACUUUUGGUGCUUCAAAGAUAAUACCUCUUACUGCAUUUGGUAUUGCCACUACUCCUCUAUUGGUUAAGAAACCAGUAAUGUGUGAAGCCGUUUAUGCUAAUGAUAUGAGUCAACCAAAGAUUAUUACUACUUCCAAGCAAAAGUCAAUCCUUAACAAGGGUGAGUUGACCUUUGGGACUUUUCUAGGUUUCUGUACAGGGUUUUUGAUAAAGAAAGUUGGUAAAAUAUUCGCCAUGUUUGUUGGUACAGGCUUUGUAUUUUUGCAGUACCUUGCUCAGGAAGGCUAUGUCACCAUUCAUUGGGACCGUUUAGAAGGCAGAUAUAACAAAACACUAGACGUUGAUAAAGAUGGAAGAGUGACAGCAAAAGAUCUUCGUUCCAAGUGGCAAAAGUUUGUUGAUCUCUUGACAAACAAUAUUCAAUUCAAGUCAACCUUCUUGAUCGGUCUAUAUGCGGGUAUCAGAUACGGUUAACUUUUUAAUUCAUAAAAGUGAGAUCAUGUAACAUUAUUUUUUUUUUCUGUAUUUUCUUUUCUGCCCUAAUUUUUUCUUGGC